CCGCCGGGGGCCGAGCCGAGCGGAUCGGAUCGGAGCCGAGCCGAGCCGGGGGCGCAGAGCGCGGGAGGCCGCGGCGCGGAGCCCAGGCGGCGCCGCGGAUGGGAGUGCCCCGGCGAGGCCGCAUCCCAUGAGGUCCGCGCACGCACCAUGUCAUCAUGCGUCUCUAGCCAACCCAGCAGCGAGCGGGCCGCCCCCCAGGAUGAGCUGCGGGGCGUGGGCGGCGGCGACAGCAGCAGCCAAGGCCAGAAGCCGUGCGAGGCGCUGCGCGGCCUCUCGUCCCUGAGCAUCCGCCUGGGUAUGGAGUCCUUCAUCGUGGUCACCGAGUGCGAGCCGGACUGCGCCGCGGACCAGGGCCUGGCCCGGGACCGGCCCCUCGAGGCCUAUGGCGGAGAAGUCCCCCUCGACGCUGCCGGGCCCCAGCCCCGGCCCCACCUCUCCAGUCGCAAGCUCUCCCUGCAGGAGCGCUCCCAGCUGGACGUCAACGGCCGCUGCGCCCACCCAGCCCAGCCCGCCUCGCCCGUGGGCUCCCCGCAGUCCUCCCCGCGGCUGCCCCGGCGGCCCACGGUGGAGUCCCAUCACGUCUCCAUCACUGGCAUGCAGGAUUGUGUACAGCUGAACCAGUACACACUGAAGGAUGAAAUCGGAAAGGGCUCCUACGGUGUGGUCAAGCUGGCCUACAAUGAAAAUGACAAUACCUACUACGCGAUGAAGGUGCUGUCCAAGAAGAAGCUGAUCCGACAGGCGGGCUUUCCACGUCGCCCCCCGCCCCGAGGCACCCGGCCAGCCCCAGGCGGCUGCAUCCAGCCCAGGGGCCCCAUUGAGCAGGUGUACCAGGAAAUCGCCAUCCUCAAGAAGCUGGACCACCCCAACGUGGUGAAGCUGGUGGAGGUCCUGGAUGACCCCAAUGAGGACCAUCUGUACAUGGUGUUUGAACUGGUCAACCAAGGGCCCGUGAUGGAAGUGCCCACCCUCAAACCACUCUCCGAAGACCAGGCCCGUUUCUACUUCCAGGAUCUGAUCAAAGGCAUCGAGUACUUACACUACCAGAAGAUCAUCCACCGGGACAUCAAACCUUCCAACCUCUUGGUCGGAGAAGACGGGCACAUCAAGAUUGCCGACUUCGGUGUGAGCAACGAGUUCAAGGGCAGCGAUGCGCUCCUCUCUAACACUGUGGGCACGCCCGCCUUCAUGGCGCCUGAGUCGCUCUCCGAGACCCGGAAAAUCUUUUCUGGGAAGGCCUUGGAUGUGUGGGCCAUGGGUGUGACACUCUACUGCUUUGUGUUUGGCCAGUGCCCGUUCAUGGACGAGAGGAUCAUGUGUUUGCACAGUAAGAUCAAGAGCCAGGCCCUGGAGUUCCCAGAGCAGCCCGAUAUAGCUGAGGACUUGAAGGACCUGAUCACCCGCAUGCUGGACAAGAACCCUGAGUCGAGGAUCGUGGUGCCAGAGAUCAAGCUGCACCCCUGGGUCACGAGGCACGGGGCGGAGCCGCUGCCAUCGGAGGACGAGAACUGCACGCUGGUCGAGGUGACCGAAGAGGAGGUCGAGAACUCGGUCAAACACAUUCCCAGCCUGGCGACCGUGAUCCUGGUGAAGACCAUGAUACGGAAACGCUCCUUCGGGAACCCGUUUGAGGGCAGCCGGCGGGACGAGCGUUCGUUGUCAGCACCCGGAAACCUGCUCGUCAAAAAACCAACCAGGGAGUGGGAGCCCCUGUCUGAGCCCAAGGAAGCGAGGCAGCGAAGACAGCCUUCAGGGGCCCGCCCCGCCCCCCGUGGGGGAGGAGGAGGUGCUCCUGUGAAAGGCGGGCCGCGUGUGGAGAGUUGGGGGGCCCUGGGCCCCGGCCACCAGGCACGCAUGCAUCCUCCGUGGCCAGACGACGCGAUGGAGUAGCUGCUGACUGCCCGUGACCUCGCAUGCUCAGCGUCUCACCUCCGGUGCUGCGCACCCUGCGUUUCCAUAGCAGCAUGUCUUACGGAAACUGAGCACGUGUGUAGAGCCUUGCCUGUCAUCUCUGGUUGUUGUUUUUUUUUUUAAUCCUUUGUUGUUUUAAAAGGGACAGAAAAAAAAAAGGACUCUUACGAUAUCAUGACAUCGGCCAUGCCCGCUGGCUGGCUGAACAAGCGGGUGUGAGGAGUUACAGACCCAGAGCCACAUACAUUUUGGGACAAUUGCUUUUUAAAACGUUUUUAUGCCAAAAAUUCUUCAUUGUGAACUUGGAGCCAUGUCCGCUGUCCAGAGUGAACGUGUGCAGGGUUUGAAAAUCAUGAAAAACUGGCAGAGAGCUCCCAGGCAUGGUCUGAGACCACGGAGCUAGUCCAUCGCUGUAUUUGAAAGGGAGAACAGUGGAUGCGACGUCUCGUGCAAACCCCACGCCCAAAACCAUACCACCUCCCAGAACCGUGGACUCUCGCGUCGAGGCAGGGCCAGCCCUCAGUAGCUGCAGGGAGCUUCGAAGCGACGUAUUUGUAAGAAGGACUUUUAACAUUUUUUUAAUGGCUAGAGUUGUAGUCAGAAAAAUGGAAAGAGCUCGAUGUUUGAUUGCUUCACAAAGGGGAUUUUCUGACCCAAGAAGGGCAUCGUGGUCAUGGUGGGAAAGCUGCGCUUCGAGGACUUGCGUGCAUUUGUGACAGCCACUGAAAGUGGAUUUCUGAAAGAGUUGACCGAGCUCUCUUCUAAAUCCCUUGUUAAGUUACAAAAAACAUCAGGGUGAAAUCCUGUACUUCCAUGUAUAUUACAUGGUUUAAGAGUGAACAGACAAGCAAAAAUGAUCAACUCUCCAACUAGACUGAACUCCGAGGAGUUUAGAAAUCCUUUAGAGCUUCCAGGAUCUAGUCCACAGCUUCAGGCGGAUCGGGGGUUAGAGCCAAUGGAACGUGCACUUGUGUAUUAGCAGCUUGGCUUGUUCAUGACCCGUGUACUCUAGAGACUGCUACAUUUUGCUCUCUUCUUAAAUACCAGCUGAGUGUCAUCUUCGUUAGUGAAACAGCGACCCAGUUUCUGGAGGGCCAGUUGGGAAAUACUUUCAUUCGACUGAGACACAGAUGAUCAUCAGUACCGGCAACCUUCUGUUAGGAUCGACCCAAGAACUUCCAGGAGCCUUUUAGAGAAGGCUGUUGAAACCUGGAGCGCUCCUCAAGGUCCUGGGGGACCAGGGCUUGGUGCCGGACAUUCCCUUUUGUAGCCAAAAGUCCAGAGAGAAGAAGGUUACCUUUUUGACUUCCAUCGAAUAUUGGAAAGUCCGGUUGCAGUGCAAGUGCGACUUCUUCCAGAGCCACACAUGGGUGCGUCUGAAGUUCAAGGGGAAGGAAAACUGGGAGGACUCUGUCUUGGGAGAGUCCCUAUGCUUUCGGAACCUGACCUGGGGAGACGGUAACAGGGCUCAGAAAGACCUGCUUUCCCGUGGUCUCUGUCCGACCAGCCUUGGUGCGAGGACUUCUCGCAGAGAGAAGCGAGGGCUUGUGCCCCCUGCCUGGUGCGUUCACAGAGCCCAGGCGUCCUCGGCUUCCAAGGGUCUUACUGUAAACCCUCAACUGUCACUUCAGCCAGUUUUCUUGCUAUCUUUUAACAGGACAGAAUUAGGGACUGCUGGUUUCCAAGAGCAAAGGAUACUAGUCUGAUGGAGGGUAUCCUUGCCAGAUUUCUUUCUUUCUAUAACCUAGUACUUCCCCUUGCCCUCCUACACUUUUUUAAAUUUAUGGCCCCACCCCUUCCGGGAGCAGAUGGGGCCCGCUUAGUUUGCAGUAAGCACCGUGCAGUGGUUCAAGUCAGCCGGUCCUUGGUCCCCGUCCCAGCCUGUCUGCGUGGACUCUGGCCUGGCCAGGUGGCUCGCCAGGGAGGGCAGGCAGCAUGCAGAAUGUCUGCAGAGCUCCUGUGUUUACACAGCCGCAUUGGGCGGUGCCAUCUCUCCUCGAUGCAGCUCUCUGGGGAAGAGAGCCGCCAGGCGGCACCCAGCUGUUCCGGUGGGUGGGCUGGGGGAGGCCCAGGUUCAUAACGUUUUUAAAUAAAGGAACACCAAAGAAAGCUGUGGAAAGGAGCUACCAGCCCCAAAAAGUCUAAGCAGAGAGGGCUGUAACAAGUGUUAGCUACCACUCUCUUGGACCACAAACGUUGAUCUUUCAAAAGCCGGCCCUACCAGGAGACGGGGAAGCUGUUAGGGUCGCUUUUUCAGGUGAGCCAAAGGGGCGCCCGUCCAUCUCUCCCACCGCUGGCUCGUUGUGUGGGACCAGGUUGCUGUCAGCGUCCCGUGCCUGCGUCUGUGGCCUUGCAGGAAGCACAAGUGUCUCUCCCCACCUUUCCCCUGCCCUGUUCUGCAUCCCCCAUCUAGUCUGCUGGCUCACCGGGGGCUCCAUGAAAGCCCUUUCUAGCCCCUUGUUGGCACUGGGGGCUGGGGAGGCUGUUUCCCCAGUGGUCUGGCCUAUCCCGUGAGCUGGGGCUCCGGUCCUCAAAGCCUUUUUGGAACAAGGAGGUGAAUCCCUGUGCACUUAGACACAUAGGUUCAACCUGUUGCUCUCAGCCAUCUCCCAAAGGGGAGCUUCUCGUUGCCGGGAGGAAGAACCAUGACCUCCACUUGCUUCUAAGGUGCUAGGGAAGGUGUAAGGGUCGUCGGUUCCCAUCUUCUCCAGCUUUAUGGGCCGAGUCUCAUGGGACUGCUGACUUUUCUAUUCUGUGACUGAUGUCCUGCCCGAUGCUUCUGUUUCAUUCCUGGUCCUUUCUACUAUGCAUUUUCCUUUUAUCAGGUGUACCAAGUUAAAUACUGUGUAUUUAUCACUUAAAAAGACAUGAACUCAAGAGAAAAAUAAGCCUUUGGUGUUUUUCCACAGAUGUUUAAGCUUCUCUGUAAACUUGAAAUAA